AUGGCGCCCGGAAUUAUCUCUCCGGUCCCUGGUAACAUCCACUCUGCCCUUUACAAAAACCUACCUGGAGGUUCUCGACAGACCUCUGGUAUGUCUACUUUUAAUGAAACCGAGAUUUUCUCACUGAGUGGGUUCUCACAACGUCGCGAGUCUGGCAUGAUCCGCAAACUUCACUCUAGCAAUCCUGCCGUCAACAGCCUCGCGCAACGCUUUCAAAGCAAUGGCGGCGCUCAGAUUGGAAGCCCUGUUUUCCCCCUCAUGACUGAUGCCCAAAGCAUCAGGGAGUGGAUCUCAAACGAGCGGAUGAUCUACCUUCCCCCUGAGGGCAGUUCCAGUGACAAGGUCCUGUCCUGGGCCCAGCUUUUUGUUUGGCGCUUGAACGAAUUCGACGUGGCUAUAAGAGAUGAUAGCGGCGCAGCAGCUACUAUUUCUUAUAUGUGCGUCGGAGAGCUUUUGCGCCUUAGCAAGGAGAACGAGGACAAUGCUGAGGCAUUGAUGACUUCUUUCGGCUUCUUCUACAGUCUUUCCGCGAGCCUUUUGAACCUCCUCGAGCGAACAGAGCUUUUCGAUGUCUCAGCAGAUGUCAGAAGGCAUCUUGUUUCCGCUUUACUUGCUCUGGUGGAUCUGGUUGACGUUGUCACGAAAAGGUUCCAGUCGCAUAUCCGUGCUGGCAAAGAAGCGAUCACCAUCGAACUUUAUGAAUACUGCAGUGAUCAGAUCACUUCCUUCCGCGAGUCUUGUGACUAUAUCGCAGAGGCUAUGUGGAAGCACCAGCUGUCCCGGGAGAGCUUUGGCUCUGUCUCAGACUCGGACAUUAAAAAGAUUCGCUUCUGGCUCGCCCCCGAAGAUAGCGUCCUAAGCCGCGUCGCCGAAAACACCUCCCACUUUGCCCACGAACGCGAGGAGAUGACAUGUCGAUGGGUGGGGCCUUCUCUUUCAGACUUUUUGAAGAGCCCUCAGAGAACUCUGUCGAUCUUUGGCAGGCCUGGAUCUGGAAAGACCAUUCUGGCUUCGGUUAUUGUCGACAGUCUUUCAGACCAGACCAACGACUACAUGACUUUGUUCGUUCCGAUUAAUGCUUGCAUCCCCGCCGCGACCACUUUGACUUCAAUCGCAAAGACAAUUCUUUUCCAGCUCUUUGAAAAACGCAUUGGCAACGUUCGUCUUCUGGAAAUUCUAGAUGCUGCGUAUAAGGAAAGUUAUUCGAUCGUCGAUGUCACCAAGUACGAGGACAUUCUUUGGGGUGCCGUCAAACGCGCCCUGGCUGCCGCCCUGCCUAAAGCCAAGGAGCUCGUGGUCGUCGUCGAUGGUCUGGACGAAGCCUCUUGUUCUGAACAGGCUCUUUUCAAGCGCCUGACGGCCGCCGUUCACAGCGCUCCCAAUGUUAGGCUGAUCACGCUUGGUACUGAAAAGCAUGUCGACACCGAAUCGGAGGAGAUCACGAGCAUGUCCGUCAGCCAGAAUCGCAUCUUCGAAGACAUUUCGGUUGUCGUCCGAAAAAUGUUUACCAACCCUAAGGCGGCUUGGUUCGAAAUCUUCAACACUAUCUCUUCUGAGCUGGAACAGGAGAUUAUCAUUGACAAGAUUACUGAAGCUUCGCAAGGAUCUUUCCUGUGGGCUAAGCUGGCCACCAAGCAGGCUUGCCUCCAAACCACACCUGAAGCUAUGAGAGAGAGAAUCGAGACCCUCGUUGAGCACAGGCCUAGCGUCAGCGACUUUGUGGCCCAUACCCUUUCUACCUCCAGUGUCUCAGAGGAAGCCAAGUAUAUGCUGCUGUGGCUUGCGACCGCAGAGCGUCCUCUGACCCUGAAAGAGCUGUCUGCCUUGGCUUCUGUCCAAGUCGAUAGGCAGACCGUGACCGACCCGAUUGCCAUGAAUUCUCGCAGAGUGUUGCAACCCGUGACUUCUCUUGUUUUCCUUGAUAACGGCCAGGUCUACCUUCGCCAUGGACUUAUCCGCAAUGCUAUCUUGGAUAUUGCGUCCAAGGGCAAGUUAGUCCCGGUUAAGGACCGCCAUCAGGACUUCACCACCCGUCUGUUGGUCUAUAUCAACAGCACUGUCACCGGGGAGCAUGAUUUGUCACUGGGCCCACUCAGCUCAUACGAGACCCUGGCGCUUGUGUCCAAAAACCAUCUCCUUGAAUUCGCUGUCCGGUACUGGCCCUUCCAUCUCCAACAGACAACUGUCUACACUACUGGGGGUGAUGUUCCCACUUCCAAAGAGUUCACCAGGCUCCUACCAGCAUCUACCACCAUCCUUCUUCUACAGACUGCUCUGUGGGAGAACCAAUCAACUCCGACGAGAUGUUCGCUUCAGAAUACCGUCACUGGUCUGAUACGCCAGAACUUCACUUAUCAAAGUCCUGUCACUCUACAGUCAAUCCUCAAUCUUGCCAAGUUUUAUCAUGACAUUGGCCAAACCCCCAAGGCGACUUAUUUGAUGUAUGAAGUGACCGAAUUCUCACUGGAGCUUCUGGAUGAUAAAAAACUAGUAACUCAAGAGAUCGCGGUCCUUUUCCUUGAGCUUACUGGUAAGCCAGAGAACGUUACCUCCCUGAAGAACAUUUCAAGGAAGAGGGAAAAGAUGUUCAGACUUUUGAUUUCCUGCUACGUGAAUCACUAUGGCACCUACUCUGACCUCGUCAUCAAAACGUACCAUGCCCUCAUUGGACAUUACCAACACACGAGGGAGGAGUCCAAAAUCGAGGAUGUUAAACUCGAGAUCCGGAAGAUCACUGGCCAUUAUUAUGAUCAGAGUGGGAGUUAUGAUGAGCUCAGGAUCGUCCUUCGUCCUGGGGAACAGCCGACAGAUCCCUUCCAUUCUGCUUUCAACUUGAAUAUCUGGCAGGACCAGACCAAGGAUGAAGCAAAAGGGGCCUUUGAUUUCCAUGCCUUACUCCAAAAGGCCGAGCAGUACAUUCAGGAGAAACACUUUUCCAAGGCCGAACACAUUUAUGUCCAGGCUUGGCAGCAUGCCAGCAGGAAGUGGUUGACCCAGUACUCCGAAUACUGGGAGCAGAUUAGACUUCGAGCAACUGUUGUCUACUCUCGGUUCCUCCAGUCCCAGGACCGCAAGAAGGAGUCUUCUGCUAUUCUCAACAGUGCAUGGGAGGAGUACAGGUACAAGAGUGUGUUUGUAUCUGAAUCUACAUCUUCCUUUUUCCGAGAAAUUGCUGAGCUGAUGGAGAGUGUCGAGCUUUUCACUGCCGCACUCAACAUCUUCAAACAAGUGAAGCAAGUGUCCAGCCACAGUCAAUCUACUGUCUCUGAAAUUGAGAAACACAUUCAAAGAACCCACCAGAAGAUUGUCCACCAGGCAAGAUCUUCGUCUUCCACUGUGUCUGAGGUCACUCUGAUCGAGAUCAUUUACGAUUGCUCUCAGACCGGCGUUGAGGUUGAUGAGAGCAUGUUUGAUGCCCUCAUCAAAAAGGUGAAGCAACAUACCAAAGAAUAUCGCUGGAAGGAUUCUACUCGCCUCGUCAAGAAGAUCCUCAGAAAGCUGUGGCCUUCCCUCUUCUCUUCAUCGGUGAACGAUGUGACUCUCCCGAAAGAUUACACCGACCGCUGCGUGUACCUCGCUGGGCUCCUUGGUGAUUGCUAUCACUACCGUCGCCGUUUCACCCGCGAGGAGGGUAUCCGCUUCCGCGUUUAUCGAGCCCUUCGUGUUGCUAGGCCUGUUGAUGACCAGAAACGCAUCAAUGCCACUGAGGCUCUUAUCAAAUUCUUCCGCCGAUCAUCACAGCCAGACCGUGUUAUCUCCAUCAAGCAGGAGGUUUUGUUCGACGUCGAGAGCCACUAUACUCGUGAGAACCCUUGGGUUAUUGAGCUUCUGAGGGAACUAGCUGAGCUGGCUCGUCCUCGUCCUGUCUUUGUGGACUACCAUAUUCGCAUCAUCGAGAUCCUUAAUAAGGACCAGCCUCACUGCCAUCCUGGUGCGAUUGACAACCUUAUCAUCGUUGUUGACGAGCUCUGGCGACAGAGCCGUUACACUGAUGUCCGCCACUGGCACAGUCUACUCUUCAAGACAUUCCUCAAGGACCCUAAGCAGCACGAAAAGCUCCAAGACCCUGUCUACGUUCAUACCUUCUUCUUACGGUAUACCGAGUGCUUGCGCAAAGUCCAAGUUGAAUAUGACACCAUCCUCAAGGUCACGAAGCAGUACUAUGACAAGGUCCAGGAGUUCUUUGUUGCAACAGUCUCAAUUACCGUCAAGGCCACUCUCAUGCUUGCCAUGGUGUACCAGGAGACCAAGGUGAAUAGGCCACUUGCUCUUGGCCUCUAUGAAAGUCUGCUUGAUAUCCAGUCCAACGAGAUCGAAUACAACGAUAUCAAGGCCACGAUCCAUGGACUUCGUGAGGAGGAGGACGCCGCCGCUCUUCAGUCACCGUCGUCGGCUUCGUCCGAACAGAUCAGAAAGACGACGGUCAUUCAGAAGGAACGGUUUGAAAAGUUCGUUGAAACGUAUACCUGGUCUUCACAUGAGACUUUGUCCAAGCUAGAAGAGAUGGUUUCCUUCUGGGCUAAGCACGAGGAGUCUUCGGAAACCCUAUAUCAAGAGCUCCAGGAAUCGACAUUCCAGAUUCUGUCCACCGAGCUAUCCUCCACGCAACUACUCUCCGCCGCCACAGUGAUUGCGAAUGGCUAUCUUUCUACCAAGGAGUCUUCACAGGCUUAUGAAUUGGCUAGCGAGAUCUACCAUCAGGUCAUUAUGAAAUCCAAGUCUCACUCGGCAACUCACAAGCUCGACUUGACUCUGGGCCGUCAGAGCUUGGUCUUCCUGGCUCAGCUUGAGCACACUCUCCGCGCCAGUCGCACCUCCACAGUUGCCGAAAUCCUGGCUUCUUUGACUGAUGAGUAUCUCUACUUUGAGGAGUUCCGCAACCUCACGUCGUCAUCGUCAAAGUCUGUCUCGUUCUCCUCGGUCUCUCAGACUGUCUCCAAUCUUUACACUCUCCUGCGCGAUAACAAACGCGACCAGAAGAUUGUUGACAGCGUCUACGAUGACUACGUCGCCUUUUUCCUGGAGACUGAGGGUCAGCGCAUUCAGUUGACCGACACUGCUCAAGUGCAGACGCUGCUCAGCACCAUUCUUCGAUAUCUCAGCGAGCACGAGUCCGACAACUUCCUACGCUCAGUGGGUGUCGCCAGCUACCACGGUAUUGACGACUACCUGAUCAAGAAGGAUUAUGAAAGCGCAUCCAAUUUGGCCCUGGCUGCUUUCCGCUGUCUUUCGGUUGACAGUGAUGAAUUACAUACCGAGGAUCGUGUCAAGUAUAUUGUCAAUAUGGGUCUGUUGAUUACUGGUCACACUCAAGCUUCUGAGAUUGAUCAAGCCGCUGCUCAGAAACAGCUCUCCCACGACUCUGGUCUCCUCAUAAUAGAGGCCGUUCGUGUUCUCCGCGGCCUGAAUGUUGAUAUCUCGCAGAUCGGACUGGACAACUUGAAUCUUCUCAUUGGUGUUCUCGGUCAGCAGAAGCAGUACGACGGUCUUCUUUGGAUUCUAUCCGGCCUUUGGCAGAAUCGCAAGAAGCACGCUGCCUGGCCUGCAAGUGUCACUCUGCAACUUGCUCGCCAAUACAUCCUGGCUCGCUACCUCACAAGCGAUGGCCUCAAGGCAUCUCGCCUCGCAGAGGAUAUUCUGUACAACUGUCGCCGCGUGAACGGCCCAGCUCACCCCAGCACUCUCGAGAUGUCAAUUCUGGUAUCCCAACUGUACACCGGUGUUGCUGACCGGCUUCAAAGAUCCAAUGGAGGACAGCACAUGGCACAGAGACUGUACAAGAGGGUCGCCGGUGUGCAUGAGCAUCUCCUCCGCGUUUUCCUUGACCCUAAUCUCGUGGACCUGGACAGCAGCCUUGAGUCCAGCCUGGAUGGCUCAUACUAUGAUCUCGAUCUCAAUGACUCCACGGUCGAUGUCAAUCAGUCUGACAAGGAACAUCUUCAGCAGCACCUGCAGUUCAUGAAGCUUGCUAUCCAGCGCUUGGGUGACUGGCCCCAGGAUUCACGUGAAUACAAGAAGCUUGACGAAAGGCUCUUCCAGUUCUUCGAGAGUGAUCUGGAAGGUGUUGACCACAUUGAUACGUGGGACCUGAAGAGCUACGGCUCCGGCAAGGCUUCCGCUUCAAAUGAUAUUCUGGAUCCUGAGGCCGUUUCGUGGGGACUGAUCCUCCCAACUUCCCAAGGUUUUGAAUAG